GGGAAAGAGGAAGCGCCAGGGCCGGCCCGCUCCCCCCACGUGUCGCCAGGAGUUUCUCCACCAGCAACAUGGCCGCUCCCUGAGAAGAGAGCCCGGCCGCCGCCACCUCUGCUGCCCGCGGCUCCCUGGGCCGUUGCCGCCGAACGCGCGCGCGGCCCCCGCGGAGAGAUUGAGUCUGGGGACUGCGUGGCUGGCUGUCCCCUAGUAUGGCCAAUGAAGAGGAUGACCCAGUUGUACAGGAGAUCGACGUGUACUUGGCCAAAAGCCUGGCAGAGAAGCUCUAUUUGUUCCAGUAUCCUGUACGUCCGGCCUCGAUGACCUACGAUGACAUUCCGCACCUCUCGGCCAAGAUCAAGCCCAAGCAGCAGAAGGUAGAGCUUGAGAUGGCCAUCGACACCCUGAAUCCCAACUAUUGCCGCAGCAAGGGGGAGCAGAUCGCACUGAAUGUGGACGGCGCUUGUGCUGAUGAGACCAGCACAUACUCCUCGAAACUGAUGGACAAGCAGACAUUCUGCUCUUCCCAGACCACCACUAACACGUCUCGUUACGCGGCUGCGCUCUAUAGGCAAGGUGAGCUCCACCUGACGCCUUUACAUGGCAUCCUGCAGCUGCGGCCCAGCUUCUCCUACCUGGAUAAGGCAGAUGCUAAGCACCGGGAGAGGGAAGCAGCCAAUGAGGCAGGGGACUCUUCACAGGACGAGGCAGAAGAGGAUGUCAAGCAGAUCACGGUGCGGUUCUCCCGGCCGGAGUCAGAGCAGGCCCGCCAGCGCCGAGUGCAGUCCUAUGAGUUCCUGCAGAAGAAGCAUGCGGAGGAACCCUGGGUGCACCUGCACUACUAUGGCCUGAGGGACAGCCGCUCUGAGCACGAGCGCCAGUACCUGCUGUGUCAGGGCUCCAGCGGGGUGGAGAACACAGAGCUGAUCAAGUCGCCCAGUGAGUACCUCAUGAUGCUGAUGCCGCCCAGCCAGGAGGAAGAGAAAGAGAAGCCCGUGGCCCCCAGCAAUGUCCUGUCCAUGGCCCAGCUGCGCACCCUGCCCCUGGCCGACCAGAUCAAGAUCCUGAUGAAGAAUGUGAAGGUCAUGCCUUUUGCCAACUUGAUGAGCCUCCUGGGCCCCUCUGUCGACUCUGUAGCUGUUCUGCGUGGCAUCCAGAAGGUGGCGAUGUUAGUCCAAGGAAACUGGGUGGUGAAGAGUGACAUCCUGUACCCCAAGGACUCGUCCAGCCCUCACAGUGGUGUGCCUGCGGAGGUGCUCUGCAGGGGCCGAGACUUCGUCAUGUGGAAGUUCACGCAGAGCCGGUGGGUGGUGAGGAAAGAGGUGGCAGCGGUGACCAAACUGUGCGCUGAGGACGUGAAAGACUUCCUGGAGCAUAUGGCAGUGGUGAGGAUCAACAAAGGCUGGGAGUUCCUCCUGCCCUACGACGGGGAGUUCAUCAGGAAGCACCCGGACGUGGUCCAGCGGCAGCACAUGCUGUGGACCAGCAUCCAGGCCAAGUUAGAGAAAGUCUAUAAUCUUGUGAAGGAAACGAUGCCAAAGAAGCUGGAUGGACAAUCAGGGCCUACUGGGCUUGUCUCUGGGGACCAGCGGGUCCAAGUAGCCAAAACCAAGGCCCAGCAGAACCACGCCUUCCUGGAACGGGAGCUGCAGCGGCGGAAGGAGCAGAUCCGGGCCUCCGCAGUCCUGCCUGGUGUGCGGAUCAAGGAGGAGCCCAUGAGUGAGGAGGAAGAGGACGAGCAAGAAGGGGAGGAAGAGGAGGAGCCCAUGGACACUUCACCCAGUGGCGGCCUCAACAACAGGCUGGCCAACGGGCUGCCUGCGGGGCGGGCAGUGGGUGGGGACAGCUUCAAUGGGCACCCGCCCCCAGGCUGUGCCAAUACCCCUGUGGCCCGGGAACUGAGGGCCUUCGUGGAGGCCACCUUUCAGAGACAGUUUGUGCUCACGCUGAGUGAACUCAAACGCCUCUUCAACCUGCACUUGGCCAGCCUGCCCCCGGGUCACACGCUCUUCAGCGGCAUCUCGGACCGCAUGCUGCAGGAUACGGUGCUGGCCGCCGGCUGCAAGCAGAUACUGGUGCCUGCUCUGCCCAGACCUGACAAUAGGGUGAGGGGCGCUGUGGCUUUCUUUGACGUGUCCUGUGCCAAGGUCAGAAGCACCUGCAGCCUAGGGUGACAUUCUGUGAAUGGCAGACACUAGCACAAGAGGCCCUGUGGAUCCCAGGUCGGUGGUCUCAGGAUCUGGCCCUGCUUGGGGGGAGCUGCUUUGGUGGGAGGUACUGAGAUUGGAGCCCCUGGCUAUCCAGCAGUGGGUCCAGUUCUCUGCGAGCCGUGCCAGGAAGGUGCCUGCUUGAGGGUGGCAAGCUUGUCUGGUGAUGCAGCCAUUCUCGGAUGCCCUGCUCUAUCCCCAGGCCCUGCCCCGGCCAUCCUCCUCCUUCUCUAUUGGGCUAGUGUCUCCCCGUGAUCCUGACGUGGGGACCAUGUUGUAGGCGUCUCCAAGAUGGAAGAGACCUCAGAUCUCCUCUCUUCUAUUUUCCACACAAGGGAGAACAAGUGGACUUGGACUUGAGUUUAUUAACUCCUGUUGUGUGACGGUGGACAGCCUACUCCUCAUGGGGAGAGGGCUAGGAGCACUCGGUGCCUCUCUGGUUUCAAGUGAGACUGCCUGUGUAUAGCCCCUUGCUGGGUUUUGUGUGCCGAUGACCGUUACCGGGGUUGUAGUGCUGAGCCUGGAGCCUGCCGCCUGGGGCUCCCUUUCUAUCUCCCUUCUCAAGGGCCUAGAGCCCUGGGCCACCAUUUCCCUGGUCCUCAUUCAGACCCUGAUGAACCCUGUGGUAUGGAUCGCGUGGGUAUCAGGCAAGGCCUCUCAGUGUUGUGGGAAUCCUCAGGCUGCCCCUAAGGAGUUAUGAGGAAGGAAGAGGUGCAUCUCAGGGUAGAAGGGCCCCAGAUGUCAGGGCAGAGAGUUGAGCUAAUGCCAUGCUGACGGGAGGAACAAGAACCUGGCUUCCUUCCUGCUUUGCACAUCCAUGGGGCGUCAUGCCAGCUCUGGUGCUGGGCAAGUCCCUAGGCUUGUGGGCCCUGCUGGAGUGUGGUAGCCUCUUCCCACAGUGAGGUGAGGAAGUGGACCCACGGCCAGCGAACGUGGGUCCAGGUGGGUGGUGUGGCUGUGCAGCCACAGGGUGUGGGCAGGCAAGCACCUCACACGCA